CCAAAAAACUGAACACCAAAAUCUAGCUAAAGAGCCAUGUCCAAACUCCCUCAGGACAUCAUGGUCGAUAUACUAACUUACCUACCAGUUAAGUCUCUACUACGAUUCAAGUGUGUGUGCAAGCUAUGGCAUUCAUUAAUCUCGGAUCCGAAGUUUGUGAAAUCACACCUCAAAAUAGCAAGGGAAGUCAACUCUAAUAAGUGCCAGAGACUUCUGCUUUCAACCAGGACUCCUCAAUCCGUUGACUUCGAAGCAGCUAGUGAAGGUGAUGAGGAUAAUGCAGUACAGGAGCUUGAAUAUCCUGAUGUAAUAAGGUGCAGUCCUACUUACUUUAUUGGAAUUAUGGGAUCUUGCGAUGGCUUGAUUUGUUUAUUUGUUGACUAUGCAAAACUCGUCUUAUGGAAUCCAUCUACUAGAGAUUACAAGGAAUUGCCAAAACCCAGUUGUGAUCAUGGCUUUGAUUUCUUUGCUGGAAUUGGUUAUGAUUCCUCUAAUGAUGAUUAUAAAUUUGUGAUCCCUAGCUGCACUACGGCUGAUGGUUCUGAACAAAUUAUGGUUGAAGUUCUUGCAUUGAAAACCAAUGUCUGGAGAAAAGUUCCGGAGAUCUGUCAAGCAGAGGAGAGAUUCAAGGAAGUUGUGCCACUUCCGGAUCAUUUCGAUACGGUGGUUUUGGGGUUGUCAGGAAAUUUCCUGUGUGCAUUUGGUGAAUGCCAUGGAAGCUAUUUUGAGGCAUGGAUACAUGAGCAGGAACACGAUAGCAGUGCAUCUUUCAGAAGAUUAUUCAGGCUCCCAGCUGACAGGCUUUCUCAAGAACCUAAAGUAGUAUUGUGUUUAACAAAGAAAGGAGAGCUUCUGCUUGAUUAUGAUGAAUGGCAACUAGCGUUGUACCAUCCUUUAGAAGACAAAAAUAAAUGCAUCUGGGCAUACAGAGAUAUCAAUUUAUGUGAUUUAGCAAUAUACACAGACAGUCUAGUUUCCAUCAAUGGUGAUGAGAGUAGAGACCCCAGAAGAAAAAUGGUGAUUGCCUGA